UAAUGUGAUCUAAACAAUGCGUGUCGGGUAUUUGUCUGUUGGCGAGUUGGAGCUAGUUCACUGCUGCAUUCGCCUCACCUCAACAGUGUCUUGCACGAGCGUAAACCAGUAAGGCUUACUUGGAAUCAAAACAAACAAAAUCUUUAGCUCGCUUUGUCAAACCAUUGCACUGCCUCGGCCUUACCAUACCAUACCAUCUUAGUGACGAACUCGGCAUCAGACUUGGCUACUAUUGCGAGUGCGUCUUAUGCAAGCUAUAUAGAAGUUUUCCAACAUGUCGUUGGAUCAACAGUCACGACUUCAAGCUGCUGAUUGGGCGAUAAUAGGGGUGUACUUCGCGCUGUGCAUGGCCGUGGGUCUGUAUACGAAGUUCAAGCGGCAGCGAGGCCUGGAGACGAGCGAAGGGUAUUUUUUGGCGGGAAGAUCAAUGAUGUGGUGGGCGGUAGGACCUAGUCUUUUCGCAAGCAACAUUGGCAGCGAGCAUUUCAUCGGGCUGGCGGGGUCUGGGGCGGCUAGCGGGAUUGGUGUCGCGUGUUAUGAGUGGCAGGCUUGUCUGUGUAUUCUCCUGCUUGGCUGGGUAUUCGUCCCUAUCUACCUCAAGUCCAGGGUCUUCACGAUGCCCGAGUACUUGAACAAGCGAUUCCAAAGCCGAUCAAUCCGCACAUACCUCACCGCGAUAGCGCUCCUCUCGUACGUCUUCACCAAGAUCUCGGUUGUGCUGUUUGCGGGGAGUGUUUUCUUGUACGAGGCGGUCGGUCUGAACAUCUACCUCUCAGCCACGGUCAUGCUCGCCAUUACUGCCAUCUACACGCUCCUUGGUGGACUGAUGGCCGUCAUAUUCACCGAUGUGCUCCAGUGUACCGUCAUGAUGAUCGGAGCGAUCGUUCUCUGCAUACUGGGGUUCGAUAAGGUUGGCGGGCACUCUGGCCUGUGGGAGAAAUUCCCUAAGGCUGUAGGCAAGCCAUGGCGGCCUCCCAACACCUCACUCCCUCUGAACUUGACGAAUGCUACGAUAGAAUCGUGCUUCAAGGUGACGCCUUACUGGGGGAACAUGUUCAGGCCACUUGACGACCCCACUGUAUUCUUCGUGAUUGGCGUAUGGUACUGGUGCACGGAUCAGGUGAUUGUACAACGGGCCCUCGGAGCAAAGAAUAACGUCCACGCGCGAGCGGGCGCGGUUUUUGCGGGGUUCCUCAAGGCCACGCCCAUGUUUCUCAUGGUCAUGCCCGGAAUGAUCAGCAGAGUGCUCUUCCCAGACUCCAUUGCGUGCGCGGACAGCGUCAGCUGCGAGAGACAUUGCGGGAAUAAGUGGGGGUGCACUAACAACGCUUAUCCAAAGCUGGUGUUGAACGUUCUACCUACUGGGCUUGUCGGCCUGAUGAUGGCGGUGAUGAUGUCCGCUCUCAUGUCUUCCCUCUCAUCCGUGUUCAACAGCAGCGCCACUAUCUUCGUGGUCGACAUCUGGUUACGUAUCAGACCCAAGGCGGGUGAGCGCGAGCGAGUAAUUGUGGGUAGAGUGACGGUUGUCGUGGUGGUCGCACUAAGCAUCGUCUGGCUCCCAAUCAUACAAGGGGCCCAAGGUAGCCGCCUGUUUGAAUACCUGCAGACCAUUCAAGCGUACCUCUCCCCUCCGCUAGCCAUGGUCUUCACACUCUGUAUCCUAUGGCCCGGUUUGUCCGAGGUUGGCGCUCUGUCCGGACUCAUCAUUGGCUUGGUCAUGGGCGUGGUUAAGUUCAUCGUGGGGAACUUGUUCGACCCACCGGAAUGUGGAAAAGUGGACGAAAGACCCGAGUUCGUCAAACUCCACUUCCUUUACUAUGGGCUCAUCAUUUACGUGGCAUCUGGUGCUGUGAUGGUGAUUGUGAGCCUUUUCACCAAGCCUGUUCCACGGGAAGAGCUAGGAGGGCUAACCUGGCCAACGAUAAACGACCCGCCCAUAUCCCAUGAUGCUCUAGGAGAGGAGGGGUUGACACGUGACGUAGACAGGGAGCCGGAGAAGGGCGAGGAGAACGUCCCCAUGGAUAGCUUACUUGCCGAUGCCGAGACUCUAGAGAAGGCCCAUCUCGAGGUGGUCCAGUUUGCUGAUGAGGGCCCGCUCGUCAAGUGGUCUCUUCGCGGACUUACCGCGCUGUCCCUACUAGCGCUUGCUGCGCUCUGGACCUACUACCGAUAGAAAGACAGGUCGCUGCUUCUUAGCAUACAAUUCUUGAGAAACUAAUCCUAGAAAUAGGGCUUAUGUAUUGAACUUUGGCCUCCGUUGUAGUACGACCACUGACAAUUCACACCCAGAAAUAGGGACUAAUGGUUUCGCCUGUGGCUUCGUUUGUAAAGCGACCCCUGACAAGCCACACCCAGAAACAGGGACUAAUGAUCUUGCCUGUGGCCUCACCUAUAAACUGUGGCCUCCCUUAUAUCAUUAAGCUCAUGUUCAUGGUUCUGACACGAAAACCAGCCUAACAAAAAAACCUAAGAUUAUUUUAUUUGCUUUGUAGUAAACCGCCAGAACGCAGA